UUGGCGAACAUCCCAAGAGCCAAAACUACUUGGCCAUGAUAUUCCCGUAAACUGGAUGACAAUGUCCGCUACGGGCCGUGCUUACGGGGGACCUCCUCGAUUGUGCAUAAUGCUGACAGCCCUAUGAUAUGGUACUUAUAAGCUGCCAUGUUCAACACUAUUCUAGGCAUUUUCUUUCGUACUUCUCCUUCGAUCUGAUCUAGCCUUCGUCUGCCAUGUCGGUCACCCAACCCAUCGUUCUCCUAAUCUCUGGUGGCUGGCACACGCCCCAAAGCUACACUAAGCUCACCGAAGCUCUAUCAUCAUCUAGUUUCGAGGUCCACGUUCCUGCUCUAGGAUCAACAAGCGAUACACGCCCACCAAGCGCCGACCUGGAAAGCGAUACAGCCCUGAUUCGCGCGUAUGUAGAAGAUCUCGUCAACAGUGGUCUCGAAAUUCUAGUCUUGAUGCACUCCUACGGCGGUCAAGUGGGCACUAAUGCGCUCUCCGGGCUCAGCGUGUCUGCACGGUUCAAAGAAGGUCUCCUAGGUGGGGUGUCACAUCUCAUCUACAUGGCCGCGACGGCGAUCACCGAGGGCAAGAGCAUGGUUGAUACUGUACGCGACUUUGGGCAUGAGGAUCUUCUGCCUUUGGCUUUUGACUUUGCGGAUGACAAGUCAUGCGUACACCGUGACCCAAAGCUGCUACUCAUUGGCGCUGACGAUGCGGUCUCCGAAGAAGAGAAGGACGAGUACGUAGCUACGCUGGGACGAUGGAAUGGCAAUUGCAUGUAUCAGCCACUCACGACUGCGCAUGCGGCGUGGCGUGAUGGUCCAGUGACGUACAUCCAUACAACUGGAGAUAUGACAGUACCGCUGGAUUAUCAGAAAGUCUUUGUGAACGGCAUGGAAGAGGCGGACGUUAAGGUACAGCGCGUGUCGGUCAAUACGGGACACUGUCCCAACUUAACGAGACCGAAAGAGAUUGCCGCAAUCCUAAGGAAGAUUGCAGAUGGAGAAGCGGUGGGUGAUCAGGGCGAGGCUCAGACGGCGCAUCGUGCUAGUACAGGAGAGGUCGAAGGUGUGAUCCAAAGUGUUGGCACUGCAAAGACCUGAGUUAGACUCACAUGCAUUGUUAAGGA